AUGGACUCCGCGCCGUCAGGAUUGAGCGCAGAGGAUGCAGACCUGGCAGAUGAGCUGUUGGUUGGUUUCGAACAAGGAGCUGAAUCAGCAUCACGGGUGGUUCGACUAGCCACGGUUGCCAACAAUCGGCUUCAGAAGCAGGGCCCCUUGGCCUAG